CAUCUCCAUCUCCAUCUCCAUCUCACACCAAUAAACCUCCUAAUGCAAUCCUUCGAGAUUAGCCAAGAAGGAGCUACAGAAGUCACAGAAGAGGUCCAAGAUGAUCCUCAGUGGAUCAAGAGAGUGACAAAUGCCCUCAAUGGGUGUCAAGAAAAAACACAAGGCAAUUGGCCAUGUACUAUAUUCAAGGUGCCGGAGGACAUCCGGCAUUGUGACAAAAAGGGGGCGUAUGAUCCUUCCGACGUCGUUACCAUUAUAAUAAAUCUGAAGAUAGAACAGUGAAGGCCACGCAAGCUCACAAGUGGCACUGUGUACGGCGCUUGCUCUCAAGGCACACCAAGAGCAGGCGCAAAGCUACUGAUUUGUUGGGCCAGUGCUUGGAGGAAAUGCGGAAAAUGGAUGCAGAUGUCCGAGGCAGCUACUCAGAAGAUCUCCAUCACUUGAGUGUUAAUGAUUUGGCCUUGAUCAUGUUGCUGGACGGUUGUUUCAUCAUCCAUGUCUUGCUCAAGUUUAAUGAAGACGAGGAAUGGGAAGGCAUUUCCAACAACAUGGUAACGUUGGGCAAAAAUAAUGAUAAUGAUGAUGGUCAGGAGGAGGAAGAGGACAUUGCUGCUGGACAUGAAGAAGACAUGGUGGUGUUGGAUAUUAUGGGAGAAAAGCAGAUAGAUUUGCGAGUGGUUGCAGUAAAGAAUGUAUGGGGAAAUAUGCUGUAUGAUUUGGUGAAGGUUGAGAACCAAAUCCCUUUCACCAUUAUCCAGACACUCUUUAGCAAGCUUAAGACUCCUGGAGAUGAAGAAAUCAAUCUAGUCGAGAUUGCACGUCUGCUUUUAAGGGGUAUCCAUCCAUCACCUUACCAAAGCUUCGCCACCGAUCUACCUGAGCACGUACACCAUUUGCUUCACUUGUUCCAUUCAACAUUCGUUCCUUCCGAUGAUUGUUUAAAGAUCAACUCAAGCAACUUACAAAAACAAAAUAUCAUAGAUGUUGAAUGGAUCCCAAGUGCGACGGAACUUCACCUCGCAGGAGUCAAGUUUGUGAAGAAGGGAAGUGCCACCAACUUCCUCGACAUAUCAUUCACAAACGGCACCAUUGAAAUCCCACAAGUCAUGCUACAUGAUGACACAAACACUCUCUUCAGGAAUUUGAUCGCAUUCGAGCAAUGCUAUUAUCCACAAACAAAGAAUUACAUCACUGCCUAUGUCUUUUUUAUGGACUACAUGAUCAACGCCGCUAAAGAUGUGGAAUUCUUUGAGUUGAAAGAAAUUUUUAUCAAUUGGUUGGGCACUCCUGAUCAUGCGGCUACUCUUAUUAACGACUUGUGUCACAAAAUUCAGGAUGCCGGUGGCAGCUUUCUUCAAGGGUCAAUUCAAUGUGUGAAAAUUUAUUACGAAUCCAGAUGGCAUAAAUGGAGGGCAAAAUUGAUGCGUGAUUAUUUCGAUAAUCCAUGGGCCAUUGUGUCAUUAGUAGCGGCUCUCAUUCUUCUUCUCCUCACUGUUGAACAAUCCAUCUUUGCUGCUUAUUCUUACUUCCACCCUCCUAAAAAUUGAGAGGAAAUAACAAAAAAUUGCUUGUAAUAGUUGUAAUAGUUGGUAUUUCAAUCCACCAAGUACUCAUGUAAUUUAUUUUACCAUGUUGUAAGUUAUGUGUCCUUUUUUCUUUUUAA